ACUGGAGAAACGAAUACUCUUUUUGUUGAGAAAUUAAUUGUCGAUUGAAGCCUGGAAAAGUGUCCCCUGACAGCAAAAGCACACGGGCUGAGAUACAGCAUGCAAUAAAUACAGAGAAAUCUUCAAGUGCUUCCAAAGUUUCAUACUCCAUCUAUCUAUCAUGAGUUCAGAGAAAGAGAAAACUAUGGUUGAUGUUCUUCCAUUAACUUUUCUGGUUCACUUACUGGCAAUUCCUGCUAUUGUCAUGGUUCUGCUUUGGAGCAUACACUUCAGGGGUGGCUUGUCUUGGAACUCUUCCAACAAAUCUCUCAUCUUCAAUAUUCAUCCUGUUCUUAUGCUAAUUGGAAUAAUAAUUACUGGAGGUGAAGCAAUUAUAAGUUACAAAGCUCUUCCUUUUAAGAAGAAAAUGAAGAAAUUGAUACACCUUGUUCUGCAUGCGACGGCACUGAUACUUGGAAUAAUUGGAAUUUACGCUGUCUUCAAGUUUCACAAUGAAAUGGGAAUUGUCAAUCUCUACAGUUUGCAUUCAUGGCUUGGAAUUGGGGUUAUAGUUCUCUACGGAAUUCAGUGGAUAUUUGGGUUUGUGAUGUUUAUCUACUACCACGGAGUGAAUUCAUCCCUGAAAAGCAGCACACUUCAUUUGCAUGUGAAAAUGGGACUCUUUGUGUAUGUGUUGGCUGUCGCAACUGCUUCUCUAGGGUUUCUGGAGAAGCUUACAUUUAUGCAGACUUCUGGAUUGCCAAAACAUGGUUCUGAGGCCAUUCUUGUCAACUUCACCGCCAUUAUCACAAUCUUCUAUGCUGCCUCUGUUGUCUUUUCUGCUGUCUCACCCUCCUCAACAACACCACAUCAAUAAGCAACAUCACCUUUUUAAUAACUUUUUCUCAUGCUUGCCACUGGAAAAUAACUAUGACAGCACACAAAAAAAAUUGUGAUUAUCAUGAAUGUAUAUUUCUUCAUAUUUGGAUUCAUAAUCCUUAUAAUCACAGAAGUACUAUCU